AUGCCCAGCCCUCGGCUCAGCAGAACAGCGCUGCCUUCAGGCAAGACCGAACAGGCAGACCGAGGGCAAAAGACCUCUUUAACGCCAAGAAAACGCGUAAAAACCACGUGUAAUACGAACCGCUGGGAAAAGGCAGCCCGGCCACCACGCGCUCUCACUCUCCAGGACGGAACGCAGCACGGGGAGCUGCGGGACGCCCCGCUGGGACAUCCCGGCGGUCACCGCACCGCUGCGGGGCCCGGGACGUGGCAGCAGCCGCCGCCUACCCCGGUCCCCGCCCGGCCCCGGUCCGCGCCCCGCGCAGCCCCGAGCGCCGGCAGCUCCUCGGCCCCGCUCCUCAGGCCCCCCCGUGCCCGCUCUCCACCAGCCCCCGGCUCCGGCUGCGCGCGGCGACCUAAGGGGACCGCGACAGCGGAGGCGCGAGGACCCCGUCGCUCACCUGGUCCGGCGGGAGGAGGGCCGCCCGCGCGAGCGGCUGCCGGCGGAGGGAAGCGCGGUGCCCGCCCCGGCCGGAGGCCGCCCACGGCGCGCGGGGGCUGCGGCGGCUCCUUCCGCUCGGCGGCCGCCAGGUGCGCGCGGCCCUGCGCCUGCGCGCCGCCCCGCCCUCAGCCUCACCUGGCGGCCAGGUGCGCGAGGGGGCGGCGGGAAGCGCGCGGCGGGCGCGGACCCUCCCCUCAGCCGCCUCCGCGCGCCGCGCCCGGAGGAGCGUUAGACCCUCGCAUAGCGGGGUAUCCGCCGCGCGCACUAACGUGCGACGUGCGGAGCGCAGUGGAAGCGCGGCAGAGCGGCGCCGCGAGCUUUCGCCAAUCCCCGCCGUGCUGGACCGCGCGCGGCCAAGCGCUGCCCGCGCACGUUGCUGGGAGACGGCACAAAACCCUGGAGGUGAGAUCAGAACUCGGGAGAGUGGACGUCCCCCCGAGUGCGUGGACAGAGGGAACAGCGCUUCUCGGUGAAACCAGGCGGAUUUUGUGGAAGGAAACCACGAACUCGGGAGUAGUUCAGCGUGCACUCCCUAAGCACCAGCAUCCGCCUCCCCAUAGCAGUCUACCCAAAGCGUCAUCCCCGGGCUUGCUUUCCAAGACCAUGCUUACAGAACAAUUUCAACAAGUCUUUGAUAAAUAUAAGCUCUGUUUAAACUGUAAUGUUUGCAGAGCUGCUUGCUUCUCUAAUGACUGUUAAGAUAAAGGCUGAGGUUGUUAAACCGGAGUUUCCUGAUUUAUGAGCCUUUCUAAAAGUUGCUGCAACCACAUUUAAGAAUUGAUUCAAGACAGUCAAACCUAGCUCAGAAAGGGAACUGUAAAUUAUUUCUAUUUUUCCUAUAAGAAUCUAAUUUAUUUUAUCUAUUUCUAUUAUUUUACUCCAUCAUACUUUCUAGACCAUCUUUCUAAUAUAGGUAAAAAUCUUUAAAAAGUAAGAAAUUAACAGUAUUGUCCAAAAAAAAAAAAGUUUUCAUAUCCUCUAGAAGACACUCCAGGCAUCCUGUACCUGCAGGGUCAAGACAGCACAGGAAGCGACACCUAUGGCUCACGUUGCUAUAGCUACAGGAUGCCCAGAUUCCCAGCUUCGGUGAAUGAAUCAAUAGAAAACACAGCUUUGCUCUCCUCUUUUAUUCAACAAAGGCGAAGUGGUAGAUGGGUUGCUAAGCAACAUCAUGCUAAAGACUGCAGCUCUUUGAAACGAGCAUUACUGACUGCCCUCCAUCCUCCCUCUCAUCCUCCAGGAGUCUCUUCCCUUCAAAGCCAUUUAUUAAGGGACUGAAAAAAGCUACCAGGACAUGAAUUUUAAAAUAAGAACUGUAAAAGCAGAAGGAAAGCUGGAAUUAACGCUUAAAGUAAAAGAGAAAAGAAAGAAUGCCAUUCCUUCUGCACUGAAAGAAAAAAAAAAUAGGACAGAAAAACUUAAAUUGACUUAUACAAAACAAAAGGGAAUGGAAAGGCCAUUUCCUUCUGGGAAUAUUAUAUUAAAGCAAAAUUUUCUCUAAAGAAUUACUUAUAGCCACUGUUUCUUUAAUUGAAAUAUAAUGAUGUUCCUCAGUUGCAAACUUAUUUUAAAGACUUUACUCAUAAAAAAAGCACGUUAGUGGCUUGAUACAUUCAGAAAGCCUAAUAGGAUUCCAGAAAUCUUUUGUUUCAUGCUAUCAUCAACAGAACUCUCCACCAUAAAUUAGCAAGGAAAAGCUUAAAGUCUAAGACCAAUUUCCAUUACCUAUUCUGUUAACCAUCUUAUGAAAGGGCAAUGUACAUCUUAUGCUUACAAUAAAGUAAAAGAAAGUAAGUGUAGAUGCAGGUUGGUUUUACCUAUUUUGAACACAUCUUCCAUGUACCAACAUAAAAGCAUCGAUUUUUAUUCUAAACUUGAGCUAAGUCAUUCCAGUUGUAAGGAGCAAGCAGAAAGACACCGAUCUCAUAUAGAAAAGCUGUGGAUAAAGAAAUGCUCUCUUAUUAGAAACUGCCUUGAGAAGCUCCAUGUACUUAAUCUUUUACCACUGAAAAAUAAAAAAUCCAGCAGUUUAAGGAUUCAUAAUCUGAUUCCCACAGGCCAGCUUCCUUACAACUCCACUCAGCCUCAGCAUUCUUCAAAUCCUUCCAAGUCCCUCAUCCUACUCCCAUACUACCAGUUAUCCCCAAUCACCUAAAUCUUUUUCUUCUAGUAUUGUGCCCAGUAUAAAAAGGAUACAUCUACAGCAUAAGUUUCAAGGCUACCUGUGGAAGGAGAAGCCACUUAUUCAAGUCUUUUGUCAACUCUAUCUUUCAUACAAAACUUGUAUUAUACACCUGUUAGCUGUUAGUUUCCAUUAAUUUCAGUUUGGCUGACCAAAAGGUCAGAAUUCCCUUGAAUGCAGGAUCUAGAAACCUCCAGUAGGUAGCAUCAUUGCAUGCAGGAUGCAAAUCAAUCCGUUCAGGAACCAAGGCUGUAAGUUACCCAAGACAUGGCACCCGGUUACAGAUAGGCAAGAUUAUACACAAUUUCACACAGAGUCCCUUGUGUAAGCUUAACACUGAGCUGUCAGUGUUAAAUUGUCCUUUCAUUCACAGCAUGCUACCAAUCCCUUAAGAUCCACAGGCAUAUUACGUAUGAGAUACAAGACAAAACACUCCAAAUUAAACAUGGAAACCUGACAUACAGCGUGAGUAGAAAAAAAUACCAUGUAAAAGAUCUGCAUAAUUGUUAAAUAUUUACUGAAUAUUUACUUAAGAUCUUAAUUUUACAUAUUAGUUUUUCAUUAAAAAAUGGAAGUUUCACUGAGAAUAAUGCAUGUAACUCCUUUAAUCUUGAAAAAGUAGUGUAUU